AUGGCUGAUACUGGUCUCCCCUCCGGUUGGGAAGUGCGACACUCCAACUCUAAGAACCUCCCCUACUACUUCAAUGCCGCCGAAAAGGUCUCCCGCUGGGAGCCUCCCGCAGGAACCGACACGGAGAAGCUGAAACACUACAUGGCCAGCCACCACAGCGCCGGUGCGGGCUCAAGGCCCCAGGCCGUUCCUGCUCCCGAAGGCAAGAUUCGCGCCGCUCACCUGCUGGUCAAGCACAAGGGCAGUCGCCGCCCCUCGAGCUGGAGAGAAGCCGAUAUCACACGCAGCAAGGAGGAGGCACUCGAAAUUAUCAAGGCCCACGAAGAAAAGAUCAAGUCUGGCCAGACCACUCUCGGCGAGCUUGCCCUAACCGAAUCCGAUUGCAGCAGCGCCCGUAAGAGGGGUGACCUGGGCUACUUUGGCAAGGGAGAUAUGCAAAAGGAGUUUGAGGAUGCUGCUUUUGGCUUGAACCCUGGCGAGAUCAGCACCAUCGUUGAGACAGCAAGCGGACUGCACUUGAUUGAGAGGUGCGUUCGUUUUUCCUAG